AAGAUCGCGAGGAGGUGAGACGCACGGGAAAGUCGCGAGCCGAGCCUAGGGCCUGACCCUAGGCGGACAGGUGACACGUGCCCUGACCCCAGGCGGACGCUCCCGCCUUCGGAGCCUCGAUUUCCCGGGGCAUGUGAUGGGCAUCCAUUCUCCUCGGCCCCCCUGGGUUGUGUUCACGGUGAAGAGGCGGGCCUGACAGGGGAAUCUGGGCCUAAUCAGUGUUUUACCACAAGACUGGCUCUGGAACGCGUUCUUCUGGGACUCGUUUUUAGAGCAAAAACUACAUUGCCCAGAAGGCUGUGCACGGGGGUGUCCGCGGCAGUACCGGGGCCACUGAGUGACAGGACAGGGGCAUUUCCUGCGGCUCGUUGACAUGGGGACGGGGCUUCCGGCCUCCUGGAGGCAUACGUCAUUUGUGUGCGACGAUUCCGUCCACGCCAGCUGUGGGGAGGGGUCGCUGUUCUGUGGCCGCUUCCAGUGCAGCGCAUCCAAAAAGAGGAGAAGGAGGGUUGCGACUCACCUCCGCGCCUUUGAACGGGCCGUGAGCCGCGCGGUGACCGGAGAGUGCGAAAGUCAGCCGAGGUCACCCCUCCCAGGACAGGGAAGAGGUGGCGGUCGGCCGAGCCCGCGGGACCCGCCUCUGUCCACGGGGUCCCAUGAUGGCGGCGGCGUGGAUGGACCCUGCGCAGGUAUCUGUGACCUUCGACGAUGUGGCCGUGACUUUUACCCAGGAGGAGUGGGGGCAGCUGGACCCGGCCCAGAAGACCCUGUACCAGGAGGUGAUGCUGGAAAACUGUGGACUUCUGGUGUCUCUGGGGUGUCCCGUCCCCAGACCGGAGCUCAUCUGCCAGCUGGCGCGCGGGCAGGAGCCGUGGACGGCGAAGAGAGGCCUCUCCCAGAACACCUACCCAGGUGACAAAGGAAAACCCAAGGCCACAGUAUCUGCCAUUGGUGAGCCAGCCCUGUCUGAGGGCGCCCCCGUCCAGGAACAACUAAUACAAGGAGUUGCAGGAGACUCCCAGAAGCGCCAAACCAAGGAUCAGGAUGGGUCAUUGGAAAUGCAAGAAGGACAUUUGAGACCAGAGAUAGAUCCCCAGAAGGAGAAACUCCCUGGGAAAUCAAGCUCUGAAGAUGGCAACAUAGGGACAGCUGAUAAUGUGUGUUCAAGAAUUGUACAGGAGCCAGUCCCUCUGCGAGGUGCUGUCCAUGACCAUGACUCGUGUGGAUCAGGUAAAGAUCCCAUGAUUCAAGAAGAAGAAAAUAUCUUUAAAUGCAACGAAUGUGGGAAAAUUUUUAACAAGAAACGCCUCCUUGCUCGACACGAGAGAAUUCACUCUGGGGUGAAGCCCUAUGAAUGCACUGAGUGUGGGAAAACCUUUAGUAAAAGCACUUACCUCCUCCAGCACCACAUGGUCCACACCGGGGAGAAGCCCUAUAAGUGCAUGGAGUGCGGGAAGGCCUUCAACCGCAAGUCACACCUUACCCAGCACCAGCGGAUUCACAGUGGAGAGAAGCCUUAUAAGUGCAACGAGUGUGGAAAGGCCUUCACCCACCGCUCCACUUUUGUCUUGCAUAACAGGAGCCACACCGGAGAGAAACCUUUUGUGUGCAAAGAGUGUGGAAAAGCCUUCCGAGAUAGGCCGGGUUUCAUACGUCACUACAUCAUCCACAGUGGCGAGAAUCCCUACGAAUGCUUCGAGUGUGGCAAGGUCUUCAAACACAGGUCCUACCUCAUGUGGCACCAGCAGACUCACACUGGGGAGAAGCCCUACGAGUGCAGCGAGUGCGGGAAGGCCUUCUGUGAGAGCGCGGCCCUCAUUCACCACUACGUCAUCCACACGGGGGAGAAGCCCUUCGAGUGCCUGGAGUGCGGGAAGGCCUUCAACCACAGGUCCUACCUCAAGAGGCACCAGAGGAUCCACACCGGGGAGAAGCCCUAUGUGUGCACUGAGUGUGGAAAGGCCUUCACCCACUGUUCCACUUUCAUCUUGCACAAAAGGGCCCACACUGGAGAAAAACCUUUUGAGUGCAAAGAAUGUGGGAAAGCCUUUAGCAAUCGUGCAGACCUCAUCCGACACUUCAGCAUCCACACCGGGGAGAAGCCCUACGAGUGCAUGGAAUGCGGGAAGGCCUUCAACCGCCGCUCGGGGCUCACGAGGCACCAGCGGAUUCACAGUGGAGAGAAACCCUAUGAAUGUGUCGAGUGUGGGAAAACCUUCUGCUGGAGUACAAACCUUAUUCGACACUCCAUCAUCCACACCGGGGAGAAGCCCUAUGAAUGCAGCGAGUGUGGAAAGGCCUUCAGUCGUAGCUCCUCCCUCACUCAGCAUCAGAGGAUUCAUACUGGGAGACACCCCGUCAGUGGCAGUGCAGCAGAAGUGGGGAGACCCUUCGCGAGCGGGCAGUCCUCGGUCAACCUCCAAGAGCUCCUGUUGGGGAAAGACUUUUUGAAUGUAGCCACUGAGGAAACCUCUUACUCAGAAUCUGAUCAUUCAUACCAAAGAGAAACCCCUCAGUUUUCUUCCCUGUGAGAAACCCUUCUGUUGCAGGAUAUCUGUUGUCAUCUAAUGAGUCAUACUGGAAAUUCAUCCAGCCUAGAGCCUUAUUCUACAACUGAGAACUCAUCCAGGGAGAGACCCAGCGGUUAUAUGCAUGUAGGAAAACCUUCAGCUGUAUCUUUUCCUUAAUUUACACUGCAGUGUUAUCUCAGGAAUUUUUUUUUCCUUUUUCUUUUUUUUAAGGAGACUUAGACAAUGAACUGCAAACACAUUUUCUUUCAGACUUCCUUGCCAAGCCUUUGGCACUUUGUCAUGGAUUCCUUAGUUUACUUGGCAGGAGGAGGGUUUUGUUGAGAGGGAAAGGACUUAGACUUUUUAUAUGUCUUGUAUAUACAUUCAUUGCUGUCCAGUGUCAAGAGAGUUAGUUGAGGGCAGGUUUGGAAACUUUCAUGAAUGUCUUCUCUGUUCUAAAACAUUGUCUCUGUUCAUAAAGAGCUUAAUUUUUGUGAGAAAUGUAAUGGCUAAAGCCAUCAAACACUUUUAUAUUUGAGGAGAUAAGAAUACACCUAUGAAUGGGCACAUUUUAUUUUACCAGUUAAGACUGUUUAAGGCUUUGAUUUUUAAAAAACAAACAUUUUCUUCAUGCGGCUUUAAGGAGCUGAUACUCAGACAUUUUCUUGGUCCUGUACUAUUAGUUUACUUGAUUGCUGUAAUUAGGUGGUAAAUAUUUUAGUUGCAUAAAAUGAUCUCUCUUUAUUCUUCUUAUUUAAAACUGAUUUAGCACUCUCAUUACUCUGAAUUUCCACAUAAAGUUUUGGAGAAGCUUGUCUAUUUAUGAAAAAAAGUAUCAAAUUUCGAUAGAAAUUGAGUUAAAUUGUCAGAUUAGUUUGUUAAGAAUUGUCUUCUUUAUGGUGUUGUAUCUUCCAGUUUAUGAACAUGGUAUGUCUGUACAUUUAUUUAAGUAUUGCUUGAUUUAUUUCAUCACUGUUUUAUAAAUUUCAAUAAUAGGUCCUGAAUGAUUUUUAUAAAGUUUGUAUCUAGGUGGUCUUUUUUCUUUAUGAUAAAUGGAUUGAUUUUUAAGUUUCCACCCACGUUUUGGUAGUAUACAGAAAUGUAAUUAAUUUUUAGAUGUCAGUUUGGUAUCCUACAAUCUUUCUGAACUGUAGGCAUUUGUUUUGAUAGACUGCUUGGGUUUUUUUACAUAGAAAUACCAUCUGCAAAUAGAGGUAGUUUUAUUUCUUCCUUCCCAUCUGUCUACUUCAUUUUCUUUUCCUGGACUAGCUAGGGUUUCCAAUACAAUAUUGAAUAGUAGUAGUAAGAAAGGCUAUCCUUGUCUGGCUUCUGAUAUUAGGGGGGAAACAUUCAGUAUUUUGUCAAGUAUGAUGUUAGUAUAAGGUUUUCUUCAUAGAAGUUUCUUAAUCAAGUUUAGAAAUUUUCCCGUAUUCCUAAUUUGCUGUGGGUUUUUUUUGUUGUUGUUAUUGUGAAUGGGUAUUAAAUUUUGUCAUAUGCUUUUUCUCUACCAAUUGAUACAAUCAUAUGUUUUUUUCUUCUGCAGCUUGUUGAUAUGAUGUAUUACAUUGAUUUGAGUUUUGAAUGUUGAAGCAGCUUUGUAUUCUUGAAACAAGUCCUACUUGAUUGUAGAGUGUAAUUAUUUUUAUAUAUUGUAUUGCAGUAUUCAGUAUGCUAGUAUGUUGAGAAAGUUUUCCUCUAAUUUCAUGAGUGAUAAUGAUAUGUAGUUUUCUUUCUUUUGUUCAUUUUUGUUUCUUUGGUUUUUGUCUAUGUUUGGUACUGUCAUUGGUUUUGGUGUCUAGAUGAUAGUGGCUUCCCAGUAUGUAUUGGGAGUGUUCUUUCUUCUGUUAUGUGGAAGAUAGUGCAUAGAAUUGGUUUUAUUUCUUCCUUCAAUGUUUGGUAGCAUUCUCCAGUGAACCAUUUAUGCCUGGAGAUUUUUCUUUUGGAUGCUUUUUAAUUAUGUAUUUAUUUUAUUUAAUAUGUAUAGAAUUGUUCAGAAUAUCUAUUUCACAUUGGAUGAAUUUUUGUAGUUGUCUUUUUCUAGGAAUUGUUCCAUUUCAUCUAAAUUUUCUUUUUUGUUCCAAGUAUUCCUUUAUUAUAUUGUUUAUGAUGGAAGAAUCUGUACUUAUAUCUCCUGUUAUAUUCCUGAUAUUGAAAAUGUGCCGGUUAUUUUUAUUUUUGUUAAUCUCAGAUGUUUAUCAAAUUUUUUUAAUCUUUUUAAAGAAGCAGCACUUUAUACCACUGUUUUUUCUCUAUUAUCUUUUUGUUCCUAAUUUCACUGAUAUCUCUGUAUCCAUCUUUAUUAUAUCUGUUCUUCCACCUGCUUUGGUGGUAUUUUCCUCUGUAGUUUCUUGAGACGGAUGUUUUGAAUACUGAUUUGAGAUUUUUUUACUUUUCUAAUGUAAGCAUUACAUUCUAUAAAGUUCCCUCACAGCACUUUCCUUACAAGUUUUAAUAUAUUUUAAUAUCAUUUCAUUUGGUUCUAAGAAUUUCUUUAGUCAAGACUUCCUGUCUAACCCAUAAAUAAUUUAGAAGUAUGUUGUUUAAUUUCCUAGCAUUUGAAGUAUUUCAUGCUCUCUUUGUUAAUCACAUCUAGUUUGUUUUAUAUUUGAUCUGGCUGUUUAAAUUUGUUGAGGUUUGCUUUAUGACCCAAAAUAUGGUUUAUCUUGGUGAAUGUUAUAUAAGUUGGCUUGAAGAGAAUGUGUAUUCUACUGUUGUUAGGUGGAGUUUGUAUAAAUGUCCACAUGAUCCUG